GGCUGCAGCUUUCCAGAAAGGACACUGUAGCAAUCCUUAAGGAGUGUCUCCUGCUCGACUUCAGAAGCAAGACGUCUUCCAAGGUCUGAAGCCUCCAAGCCCUCAGUAACCCCAGAUGGCCUCCCAAGGAGAUGAUAAUGCAGAUCUUGGGGCAGCCUCAGCAGGUGGCACCCCAGUGAGCCAGGUGGAACCAGGGGUGAUGAAUAACUCUGUCUACCAGCCCAUUGAUGGAUCACACAAUCACCAGAGGGAGAAGCUACAAGCCCUUGGGGCCGUCCGGAUCCUGAACGGAGCAACGAUUCUGGCUCUGGGUGUUUUUCUAGGGUGUUCCUUACAAAGCGUAUUUCAUCCCUUCUGGCAUUUUUUCUUUAUCUUCUACACAGGCUACCCAUUAUGGGGUGCUAUAUUUUUUAUUAUUUCAGGAUCCUUAUCUGUUGCAGCUGGGAGAAAACCCACAAGAAUGUUGAUGCAAAACAGUUUUGGAGUGAAUAUUGCCAGCAUGACAAUUGCUCUAGUUGGGCUUGUUUUUCUCUCAAUCAAUUUAGCAGUUAAUGAGCAUUUUUUCAAGGAAUGUCAGUAUUCACAGUCACUGGAAUUAUGCAUUUGCAUGGACAUCUUAUCCAACGGCCUGAUGUCUCUAAUGCUCAUCCUUACCUUGUUGGAACUGUGCAUAAGCUUCUCUGUCUCAGUUAUGUGGUGCACAAACUCAUGUAAUUCAAGAGAGGCGAUUUCCUCACCUUCUAAUUCUGCAUAAGCAGAAAUGCCUCCCGAUAAAACUAAAUCUAGGAGCAAGGAAAUUCAACCUCAACUCUCCACUGAGUCAGAGCCUCACCCAAGGAUCCGGAAGACAGGAGUCUCCUCUCUUUACGGCACCAAUCAUGAGAAACUGGAAUAUCUAACUCCAUUUUUUUCUGUUCUAAUUAUAAGCCCCAUUAGUAUGUCUGGACACGGAAGGAAAAACACUCUUCUUUAGACCUUGUUUUUGUCACUUCUGUGAUCACCACUCCAAUGUUGUUCCCAGAAUCAGUACUCUUUCUUCUUACCCACCGACUCCAUCGCCUUACAAGUCUGAAAGGAGGCAGGUAGAAUAAGUCCUGUUUUAUGAAUUCUCUCUAAAUCCAGCUCCCAACCACCCAUUGAGAAGGAAAACGAGUCAGAUAUUUUUUUCAUUACAGAAAAAUGCUUCUUGCCUUUAGCUGAUGUCAGCAUUGUAAAAACUCAAAUAA